AUGUCUGACUACAACAACCGUGACUACGACGAGAACGCUGCCCGUUUCGCUGGCGAGACUGUAGGCAGAGCAGAGGGCACUUACGAUCGCGCCGAUCAAGCUUGGGACCGCGAAGAAUCCCGCAUCGGCGACUCCUUCCGCCGCGACGAACAAGCCGUCGAAAACGCCCCCGAAAACCUUGCUCGCUACGCCGAACAAGGCUUCAACAACACCGUCUCCAGCGUCGAGAACAUCCCCUCAGAUAUCGGAGCCGGUCUGCGUGGAGCAGCAAACUGGAUUGGCGAGAAGAUUGGAGGUGCGGAGAAUGAGGGUAGACGUGCUGAGCAGGAUGUGCAAAACAAGUACAAUGAUGCCGAGCAGGAUGUGGAUCGUUUUGGCCAGGGAGUCAAGAAUAGGUAUGAUGAUGCUGAGCAGGAUGUGGAUCGCUUCAAUCAGGGUAUGCAGAAUUCGUAUGAUCAGGGUGAGCAGCAGGGAAGACGUGAUGGCUGGUAG